AUGUCAUUCAAAUUCCCCGAUUCGAGUCCUCCUUCGACUCCAGACAAGCCACAAAGUCCUUUCAGCAACAUUUCCACAACUCCCGCAGGUCCACCCCCUUCUUCAUCGACCUUCAGAGACUCGAGAGCGGGCUCGAGAUCGAAUGUCAACUUUAGUGAGUCUGCUUUCAGCCAGUCAGGCAACUUUGGUGGAAAUGAAAGUCUCUUCUCGUCCAUCUCGUCAUCCGGUGCUCCUUCAUUUUUGGAUUCGAAAAGCUCAGUCAUGUCAGGAUCAUUUGGCAAUUUUGGACAGCAGGCCGGUGGCUUCAGAGUAGUAAAUGGGGGUAAUAACCUGAAGGUGCGGAAUCGAAAGCCUCAUGGCUUGAGUCAGAUGACUACAGCUAGUGAUGAUUGGGAAGACGAAGAGGAUGUAGGUGAGGGGGAAGAGCAAGAAGACGCGGAGACGGAAGAAGAUGAUGACGAUUAUGACGACAAAGAUGAAGAUGAAUACGAAGACGAGGGAGAGGACGAAGAAGACGAGCAUGAAGAUGAUGAUGAACAAGAUAAAGACGAAGACAGCGAGAGAGAUAUGCAAAUGGAUGCCACGACUGACCUUUCAGGUAUGAAAAAGGGAUUUACGGAUCCGAUAUUCACAGGCUUUGGCCAAAGCACUGCUCCUGGGCAGAAGAGAAUAUAUUCCAAUCCUAACAAUGCCAAACGCGCCAAAAUUGACGAAGAAUGGGCCAUAUCGUCACCUCAAGCUUCGAAGGAUACAAUCGGUCCACGAAAGACUCAAUCUCAGUUCCCUUCCGUGGCUCGCGACUUAACCUCACGAGCAAAAGCUCCCGCUGUCACAGAACCUGGUGAAGUAGUGAUUCAAACGGAUUAUUAUAUCGGUGCACUACUAGAUAAACUUCAGCAGAAUGAAGAGGAUGAUGCUGAAGCUCUCGUUAUACUUUCCGAAGCAACAGCAGCUCUGACUGACUUUUGGGGUGCUGCAUGCGAGCAGAAGAGGAAGCAGACAGGCCAAUAUCGACCCCACGACAAUUUUGGGCCCGGCGACAACGCAAGCGGUCUUGAAAAUGCCACAGUUGUUGCAUCACUUCUACUUCAGCUACACCAUCCUCGUGUCAAAGGCUCCGAUCGACGUAACUUCAAGUCUUCGUCUAAUGGUCAAUCUCUGGCUCUUGUCGCAUCUAUCCCUAAAUCAUACACUCCUAUUCCCAAAGUGCUAACUGACUGGCUCAACGCAAACCACCUUGGUUCAUUGCAUGAAAUUGAAGCCUUGCAGCAGACUAGCCCUAAUCCAACAGCUUCUCCGCAUUUCUGGGCAAUUAUCCAAGCUGGAGUCCUACGUGGACGAUUUGGCGAGGUAGCAGCACUCCUUCGAUCAGCUGACUUCAACUAUGCUCAUUCAGCUCUAGAAGAUGGUUUCUCUCAGCCUGGCUAUCGUGGAAUGCAGUUACAGACCGUACAGAAGAGUGUCAACAAGGCAAUACAAAUGCUGGAGGCAUCCCCCAUAAAUCUGGAUAGCGAGUGGGAUAUCCUUGGAUUGGACUGGACAGCGUACAGAAAACGUAUACAGUCUGCACAAAUCGAGCUACACGAACUUGCUGAGGGCGACAAACCACCACAACAGGCAGGCGGUACUCGAUUUGAAGCGGCUCAAUUUGGAGCCCCUACUCCGAGCUUUGCUCGAUCUCAGUCUGGGUUCUCAUUCGCUCAAUCUUCGCGCAUGGCGGAAAGCCGCGUACCGUGGUCAAUUUAUCAGGGUAUUAGUGAUAUUUACGGGGUUAUCCUUGGCAGGCCAUCAGCCAUCAUGUCUGUUGCGCAAGACUGGAUUGAAGCAACCGUUGGACUGACGGCAUGGUGGAACGGGCAAGAGGUUAGCAACAUUGCCGUAUUCGGAAAUAGGGACGAGCCCACUGAAAUCGAUCGACAAGACGCAUAUAUCCGCCGUCUGAACGAUUGUUUUGGAGAGGUCACGGAUGGUGCACAGAUGAAGUCGCGACCUAAUCCUCUCAAUAAACUAGACGUGGCGGUGGCCUGCGUGUUCGAAGGGAAUGUGGUCGGGGCGGUCAAGCUACUUAAAACAUGGUCACUGUGUAUUGCUUCCGCUGUUGCUGAAAUAGCGCACGGAGGGGGCUGGCUCGAGGUGUCUACCUCUAAUAUACCCGGGUUUCUCAAUCAAGACGACUUGAUGGUGCUGUCCUAUGGGCAAAAUGGCAACGCCUCCUUGGACCAAAUCAGCAAAGAUGAUGUGUUAGACGCUUAUGCAGAGGCGCUGGGCUGUAGAGAUCAGUUCGAGUACGAUGGGACAGUUCGCAAAGGCUGGGAAAUGGCUCUGGAAGUUCUCAGCAGAAUGGAGGAUAACAAAAACACCAGAAAGAAGGUGUCUAGGUUGUUGGAGAAGAUACCUGUCGAUACGGUGGCGCAGGUAGAUCAAGUGAUCACCUUGUGCGUUGAUCUUGGAUUCGAAGAUGAAGGUCGAAAGAUUGCAGCGAACUUUGGCGAAAAAAUCAUAGCCGAGGGACAGACACGUGCAGAUUGUGACUAUGGCCUUGCGAUGAUCUGUUUUGCUCGAGCACGCUCUGUUCGUAAGGUCAAAGAGAUUGCUAACAAUCUCAUUGCUUACUCGUUACAACAAUCUCGCGCUUGGCCUCCAGAAGAGCAGCUCGGGGGUCAAUUGCGUGCAUUAGUUCAGAAUCCUAAGAUGUGUCUCGCGUCUAUUGCGUCAGCCGACAACGAGGCGGCUCAGAUCAUACAAUUCUAUGCGAGUGGUUAUGCGACAUUACGUCGAUUUUAUGAUCACCGCGACGAACCUGUACUGGCUAAAGGCAGAAAAUCCCAUCUUCGACCCCUAGCGAGGAAGCGAGCCGCAGCUCAGGCACUACUUGCGGUAAUUCGAAGUUCUGCUGAUAGUAUUUAUGGCGGUCUUUAUGAUCCCGAGAGGGACUCCGCCGUGCUUGUCGACAAUUUGAUGGCCCUCUUAGGUGAAGCCGUCUUGUUUGUCAAUGAAAAACCAUCUAUUCUCUCCAUUGAGCAACAAUCCAAUAUUCUCGCAGCGAUCGAAGACCUCGAGACUGUAACUCCACGUGUCUAUGCAGCAGCCAAGGAAUUCUUCUACGAAUGUCUGAACGAGUACAUCUACGAAACGACCGGCGAACCUCGCAAAUCAUCGUCGUCGCCAACACCAACCGGUUUGAAGAAAUCCGCUUCAGGUCUAACAGCCUCAAGCAGCUUCUCCAUGAUUGAUAGCCACAUGGCCGAUUCAUCGAUGACGCAUGCUACGAACAAUACCAUCGCAUCAUCUGGUGUAUUAGUGCCCAAACCAGACGCAGCCUAUGAAUACGCGAAGCCAAUUGAGAGGGUGUGGGAUUGGAGAAGUGGUCUUGCUGAGUCGUCUGCGGCAAGUGGAGGAGCGUCGGAAAAUGAGGAUGGAGACUCGAUCAAGCCGGAUAAGAAGUUACUGCGUGUUUUGAGGUUGCGGCUGGCACAGGAAAUGACGUGGCGGUAGAUUUCCAAUCUUUCGAUUCUUUUUGCCUUGAUGACGAGCAGUCUUUCUCAUUGUCCUGAGUCAAGCCAAAUCAAAUGUGUUUGGAUUGGGUGUGCUAGUCUUUUUCUCUGGCCUGGAGGUUUGGUUCACAAAGGCCAGGGGAGAGACUGAUUUUGUGUAUUGUACGAGUAUGUUUCUACGGGGUGAAUAGGGAGACCUCUUUUUCUUUGAGCCGAAUCUUAUGGGGUUUAAUGGUCGUACAGACAGGGUAAAGUAAGACCCAUUCACUGCCUGGGUAGGAUUUGAAUUACUCGAAUUCGGAAGCCCAAAUCUGAUGACCUAUAACAGGCGUGUGCA